AUGGCGACCUUGGGGGCCACGCCGUGGUCCACAGCGAAAAGGGAGUCCGACGACGAUGGGCUACUGCUGAGUGUGGAAGAUGGCCUCGGGCCGAGCCGUCUGCAGAGCCUCGUCACCCUGUGCCUGGACUACAUCGCCCUCCACCUGAGCCCUCUCGCGACGUCUGGCCCCGACGAGGCGGAGAGGACGAGCGCCCCAGAGAGCGAUGAUGAGGAAAAAGUGGAACGGGACAUGCGCAGGUUGGCCGCGCUGCCGGGCGACCUCAAGGAGCGGCUGUGGGCGCUCAUGAUGCACCGCGGACAGCUUUCGCCCUUUGCCCUGGAGCUGUUCGUGGCCAAUCGGGGCAGCUUCCGCUUUGGCGACUUUGCCUCGUUUGUCAUCGGAGCCAAACCGCCAUCGGCCGCCGCCACCGGAAGCCCCGACCACACGCAAAACUCCCAACCAUUCAUCACCGUUGGCGAACUCACCCGCAUCGUCGACUCCACAUGUCCCGAGCUAGACACCUUGAGCCUUCUCCUAUUCAACCUCAUCCGUCGGCGCACGCUGCGGACUGUGUCGCUGGCCGAGUGCAUCAACCUGACCGACAAGUCCCUGUCGCUGCUCAGCCUCUGCACCCACCUCCACACACUUGAUCUGUCGGGCAACUUUGAGAUGACCGACAAGGCGCUCAUCGGCAUCCUCAACAAACUCCCUUCCCUCCAACACCUCGCCCUUCGCGAUUGUGCGGGCAUCUCGCCCAACCUGACGCGGCAGCUGGCCAAAAACGACGCCUGCGUGCACACCCUGGACCUGUCGGGCGUCAAGCUCCAGUCCAUCUUCUCCACCCAGAAGAGCAAAGAGGCCACGUGGCAGCAGUUGCAGGACCUUCGGCUUAGAAGGUGCGUGCUGUCGCUGCCGAUUGUGAAGGACGUGUCUUGCCUUUCGGGCCUCCGCAGUGAUAUCGAGAUCGAGCUUCCAAGCCUGAAGCGCCUCCUUGAUGCCAACGCUUCCAUUCAGCGGCUGGACCUGGAAGGCUGUGUGAUCAAAGUGGCGGAGCCCAAGAAAAAAGCAGGCAGCAAGCAGGGCAAGGCAGCGGCGAAGAAAAAGAAACAGGACCAGUUCGAGAGGGUCAAGCAGGCCAAGAACAAGAAAAACAAGAACAACAAGAAGGGACGUCAGCCGCCGCCAGCGCCCAAGACGCCCAACAAGGAGGGGGCCGAGAAGAGCGAAGACGAUGAGUCCGAGCCCGUGCCUCCGCAACAGCAACGAGGUGGCGGUGGCGGCGACCACAUGAAAGCGGGCAACCCGCUGGUGGAGUUUUCACUCCGCGACUCGCGCGUGACUCCCGAUUCGCGCAUCGCCGACGUGCUCCAGACGGCGCUGGACAGGCCGCUGCCGCACCUGGCCUUCCUUGACCUGAGCAUGGACGGCACCCAGCACCUUCCCCUCCGGUCCACGUGGACCCAGCACACGGGCCUGAAGGCCCUCUCCCUACUCGGGUCGCAGUGGAUUAGCCAGCACCCCGAGCCCGCGGACGACCCCAAGCCGCCAAUCGCGCUGUCCCGUUUGCGCGUAGAGCGUCCCGCCUAUCUCGACUACAAUUCUCCAACCGGCGAGUGGUCCUGGCGCGAAAUGUUCGGUCGGCUGGCGGCGACGCUCACCGAGCUGGAGCUGGUCCGCUGCGUUCGAGACCCACACCAGCUUUCGAACCUGGCCGCCCUCUUCCCUCACGCACCGCUCCACCCAACACACGGCCUGGUGCUGGCUCCGCCGUCGAGAGCGGCCAGGCCCGAGGACUGCACGCUCAGCCUGCUCCCCAACCUCAGGCGCCUGCGGCUGGUCGACUUUCAGUUAUACGACACCGAAGUGGAGCCCCUCUUCGCCUAUCUCUCCGCCUCCACACUGGAAUUGCUGGACCUUUCCGUGACGACCAAUCAGGUCUUCCCCAAAAGCAAGUCGGCCUUCGUCGUGGCCAGCCGUCAGGACUGGACGCACAAGCGUUUGAUUGCUGGUCGCCUAAUGCGUGCGGCCUAUCAGCCCAGCUUCGCCUACGCCCUACCCUUCCACCUCCCUCCCACGAUGGAGGUGGUGGUACUGGGCGGGUGGCUCUACGAACAUGCGCCGGGCGAGGUCAACUGCCACCAGGAGACAAUUUCCGACGUUUAUCGCGGGUUGCAGGCCAACGCAGAACGAGGCCACGCGGUGCAGGUCAUUCACCACUGCGCUCCCGGCGUCACCGGCAGAAGGGGCGCGUCUCUUCUCGACGACGGCGUCCUCGACGUGACUAGAACGUGCCCGCGCUUCAGCGACUGA